UGUGGCAACUCCAAAGCACAUGGCCAGAGUUUUUUCCAUUACAAAUACAAAAACAGCGUCAGCGACGCAUUUUAAUAGUGUUUCGAAUUUAUUAAGAUUUAAAUUAGGUGUAUUUUAUCAAUCCACUGCGCGGGGUGACCGGCGAACAAUGAGUGACAGCAAGGAAAACGAUAAAGAUGUCAACGAAGACAAUGACGCAGUGGGCACGAAGUUGGCGUCGACGUCAACGUCAACAGCAACAACAACAACAACAGAAACAGACUCUGACAGCGGCAGCGGCAGCGAAGAAGACAAUGGUACUAUGGAUAUGAUUCGACGAUUCUUUUCACAGACAUUCAAUUUGAGCUCUGGCACAUCACCAGACCAGGAAGUGGCAGCUGUGGAUCGGGUUAUACCGGAACUGACCUUUGAGGGUCUAAUGUCGCACUGGCGCGAAAAUGGAUUCAAGAACAUUGUGACCAUGGUAGGCGCUGGAAUAUCCACAUCUGCUGGUAUUCCGGACUUUCGUUCCCCUGGCUCUGGCUUAUACAAUAACCUUAAGAAGUACAAAUUGCCACACCCGACAGCUAUAUUUGACGUGGACUAUUUCCAAAAGAAUCCAGCUCCAUUCUUUGCCCUGGCCAAGGAGCUCUAUCCGGGCUCCUUUGUGCCCACCCCGGCACACUACUUUGUGCGUCUGUUGCAUGAGAAGGGUCUGCUACAGCGACACUACACACAGAACAUCGACACUUUGGAUCGCUUGGCUGGUUUGCCCGAUCACAAGAUUAUCGAAGCACACGGCAGCUUUUAUACAAACCAUUGUCUCGGUUGUAGAAAGGAAUACGACAUGGCUUGGAUGAAGAAACAGAUAUUCGCAGAUCAGUUGCCCACCUGUGAGCAGUGCAAGGGACUUGUUAAGCCGGACAUUGUGUUUUUCGGUGAGAAUUUGCCCGUAUCCUUCUACACCAGUCCCGAUGAGGACUUCAAGGACUGCGACCUUCUCAUCAUCAUGGGCACUUCCCUUGAGGUGCAGCCAUUUGCUUCCUUGAUCCAACGCGCUGGUCCGCGUUGUAUCCGCUUCUUGAUCAAUCGCGAUGCUGUUGGCCGAUCAAGCUUCGCGCCCUGGAUGGAUCCUACCGAGAGGUCACUGCUCUAUGGCAAACCCAAGAAUGUUCGUGAUGUGGCGUAUCUUGGAGAUUGCGAUGCUGGUGUCCUGGCAUUAGCCGAAGCUCUCGGCUGGGAAGAUGAACUGCAGCAGCUAAUUGAUGGAGGACAGAACCAAGAGGCUAAUUUCGAGGAAGCCGCUUCAGGAUCAAGUUCCAAAAAGUAAACUCUGAGUACAAUGGUUGCUUUUAAGUUAGUUAUGCAAAAUGUUAGUGUUAAUUAGGAAAUUGUUUAGCGUGCAAUAUGUAAUUACAUAAGGCGUGUGUGAGAAACGGAUAUGGAUAAUG